AUGGGCAUUGUUGGCUAUUUCAGUCGACCGCGUGGCCAUCAGGCACAAAAUGGUGAUGGCUCUAUCACUCCUAGUGAGCCGAAAAUAAUUGAGCCUACAAUUAUCUUCAGCCCUGAGUCGUCGGGCACUGCUACACCUGCACACAUGCUUCCCUCUCCUGCUGGCAGCGAAGACCCUCUCAUCUUUGAAAAUAUUCCCAACCAAUUUGGCCGUCUCAGUUCUUGGAGAGGAUGCUUGAUCUUGCUUGUCACUUCAGGAUCUCAGUUCCUAGACAACGUUUUCAUGACAAGUGCCAAUAUUGCGUUGUCAUCAAUUCAGCAAGACUUUAAAGUCUCCAGCACCGACUUGCAAUGGAUGAUCUCUGCCUACACUUUGACAUUCGGUGGCUUCCUCUUGCUUGCCGGUGCUUUGUCUGAUCGCUACGGUCGAAAGAAAAUCCUUUGUCUAGGCCUUGCGUGGCUCUCCAUAUGGACACUGGCCAUUGGAUUCGGUCAGACCUUUAUUCAAUUAACAGUCUUCCGUGGUGUUCAAGGAAUUGGAGCGGCACUUACUGUUCCAUCCGCCAUUGGAAUUAUCAGCUCUUACUUCAGCGGUGUCGACCGUACCCGUGCCCUAUCAAUCUACGGAGCAUCCGGCACUUUGGGAUUCUGCACUGGUCUGAUCUUUGGUGGAUUUCUGACUUCUUCCUUGGGCUGGCGAUACAUUUUCUACCUCAUUGUUAUUAUCACUGGCUCGUUGGGAAUUCUUGGUUUCAUUGUCUUACCAUGCGAUGUUCCAUCCGAAAAGAAACAUGAGCGAAUGGACUAUAUUGGCGCAGUGAUGUCCACCGCUGGCUUGAUCCUGCUCCAAUUCGUCCUUUCCAGUGGUGGUACCUACGGCUGGGAUCAGCCAUUCAUCAUUGUGCUUCUGAUCGUCGCUGUGGGUCUUCUCGUCGGAUUCACUAUCCUCGAGAAGUAUAUCAGCAAUCCUAUCAUGCCACUCGCCUUGUGGAAGAUUCGCAAUUUCGCUGGUCUCUGGGUUAUUGGCUUCACUGGCUAUGGUACAUACCAGAAUGUCAUCUACUACAUUGUCCUGAUUGCACAGGAAGUUGACAAGCUUAACGCUGGCGACACUGCCCUUCGCUUUUUGCCAAUGGGAGCGAUCGGAUUUAUUGUCUCUCUCGGCACCGGCAAGCUUCUGGAAUACAUGAAUGGAAAGCACCUCCUCAUCGCUGGUCUGGUUCUAGCAGUGGUCGCUCCCAUCUCAAGUGCUUUGACUUCGAGCACCACGACAAACUUCUGGCUCAACGUGCUCCCCACGUCUCUGAUCAGUAUCUCGUCCGUCUCAUUCAUUUUCGUGACGACCAGCACUGUCGUGCUUACAAGUGUGCCUGUCGAAGUGAAAAGCUUGGCUGGUGGAAUGCUCAAUACUGCAUUCCAAAUCGGCUCCGGUGUAGCGCUGGCUAUCUCAGCUGCUGUCACCGAUGCAGUUGACAUCCAGAAGGGACACAGUCUCGCAGAACAGUAUGCCACUGGCCUUUGGUGCUCUGUCGGACUUGCUGGCUUUGGACUUAUCAUUGGGAUGAUCUCCGUUCGACAGAAGGGUAUUGGUCCAAAAGAUAGACUUGGGGCUGGCCCGGUCGCUAUCUGA